AUGGGAAUUUCAUCGACUAGAACGAGCACUACACCAGUCAUUAACUUUUCAAAUUACUAUCGCAAACGAGCAGCUUCAAUAGCACUUCCUGAAGCCACUGCAUGGCUAGAACAUCUGCAGUUAAAUUUACACGUUGUCACCUGUGCUAGCAGCAACAGCUUGAGUGCUAAAGUGCAGUACGAAGUGCAUGCAAACUACUUACCGCCCUGUUGUCAAGAUUCAGGUCUUGUGUGGACAGUUAGCCGGCCAUUUGAUGCCUACCGUCGCUUUCGCAAGCAAUUACUGCGCCGACUGCAGCCUGGUCAUGUGUGCCCAGCCGAGUGCAAGUGGCUUUACGCCGUGCUGAAAAACCAUUUCCCAAAGCUAAAGUUAUUGGCUGCUAACUCACCGCGCACGACAGAAUCCAGAAGGCAAGCACUUGUCCGAGUACUCCGGACAUUACAGGCGUCGCUGGUCAAUAGAGGAAAUCAGGGUUGCAACGUACUCGUGCACGGCGUCUGUCGAGAGUUUACAGCUUUCAUCUUGGGCGAGAAUGCGAAAUUGCCAGAAGUAGCUAUGGCACUAAGCGGAUGCAGCUCCGAUCAGAUCACACGUGACUUGUCGGCGUCAUACAUAUCCAAUUGCAGUGGCGACGAAAUAUAUUUUGAUGAGACCUUGCAUUCUGGUAACAUGUACGGCUGCAGGAGGGGUCAAGGCUACUGUAAAUCUGAAUCUGGACAGUGA